AUGAGAGAGUUGAGCAUUUCUAAUCUUUUUGUGGAUUGGACCAUGACCUUGGUGCAAACAGUAACAUACAAAUUCAACGUUAAUGAUGUUUAUACCCCUAUGAUGGUGGCCAAGAGAGGAAUUAGACAGGGGGGCCUUGUUUUCCCUCUUCUUUUUGUUUUGGUCAUGGAGUAUUUGACUAGAUAUUUGCAAACCCUAGAGAAUGACCACCAUUUUCAGUUUCACUCCAGAUGCAGCAAGUUGAAGAUUUCUAGUCUCAACUUUGCUGAUGACUUACUUCUCUUUACCCGUGGUGAUAAUAAUUUUGUUGAUGCAAUGCUUGACUGCUUUUACAGGUUCUCUAAAUCGACAGGUCUCAGAGUUAACAACCAGAAAUGCUCUAUUUAUUUUGGAGCAGUGGAUGAGCAUACCAAACUGGGGAUUUUGCAAAAAAACUGGUUUCAGGGAGGACAGCCUUCCUUUCAGUGCCUUGCUCUUCCUAAGGCUGUCACCCAAAGAGUUGAUGCAGUUUGUAGGAGCUUCAUCUGGUCUGGAAAUAGCAGCAUUACCCGUAAAUCCCCGGUUGCUUGGAAACAAGUUUGUAGCCCAAAGGAAAAUGGAGGUCUUAACCUUAUGGACCUCACGAUGGCUGUGAAAUCGAGUUUCUCUUGGAUUAUGAAAACAGUGCUAAAACAAAGGGAUGAAUAUCAAGUGGUGGUCUGUAACUUGCAGAUGAACAAGUUCCGGUCCAAAGAGGUUUAUAGUGCAAUCAAGAACGUGGAGCCUCGUGUGCCUUAG